ACUUUAUUACAGCUGAAGUAGAACGAAUGUUAAAGGCAGGAAUUAUAGAACGAGCUCCCAUCGACGCAGAUCCAGAAGCAAGAACAUACCCUUUCGCCUCCCCAGUAGUCAUUGUAGGGAAGAAAGAUGGAAGUCGAAGAUUUUGUGUUGAUUAUCGAAAGCUCAACGCCAUCACAGAAACGAAUGCCUACCCUCUACCGAUCAUCGACGAAAUAUUUUCUAAUAUAGCGAAGCGAGGAACGCCACCCAAGUAUUUUACCGCUCUCGACCUAGCAAGUGGCUAUUGGCAAGUACCAAUGCAUCCAGACCAUGAGCACAAAACGACCUUUACUUGUCACCUGGGACUAUAUUAUUUCAAGCGUUUACCUUUUGGAUUAAAGAACGCCCCAGCAUCCUUCCAAUCGAUGAUGGACACUAUAUUCAGAGAUCAAAUAGACCAACAUAUGGCAGUAUAUAUCGAUGACAUUAACGUCUACUCGGCAUCAUUUGAAGAACAUUUG